AUGUCGAGUACUGCUGGUCAGGUGAUUCGUUGCAAAGCUGCUAUAGCAUGGGAAGCUGGGAGGCCAUUAUCAAUCGAAGAGGUGGAGGUGGCGCCUCCACAGGCAAAUGAGGUUCGUGUGAAGAUCCUCUUCACCUCCCUCUGCCACACCGACGUCUACUUCUGGGAAGCCAAGGGACAAAAUCCCUUGUUUCCUCGAAUCUAUGGCCAUGAGGCAGCAGGGAUUGUUGAGAGUGUUGGAGAGGGCGUAGCAGAUCUUGCCCCAGGAGAUAAAGUCCUUCCAGUGUUCACUGGAGAAUGCAAGGAAUGUGCCCACUGCAAGUCAGCGGAGAGCAACAUGUGCAGCCUCCUCAGGAUCAACACCGAUAGAGGUGUGAUGCUUAGCGAUGGCCAAUCCAGGUUUACUGCAAAAGGCCAGCCUAUUUACCAUUUUUUGGGCACCUCCACCUUCAGUGAAUACAGUGUCAUGCAUGUUGGCUCUGUCGCCAAGAUCAACCCUUCAGCCCCUUUAGACAAAGUUUGUGUCCUCAGUUGUGGCAUCUCCACAGGUCUUGGUGCUACCUUGAAUGUUGCAAAACCUCCCAAGGGCUCAUCAGUGGCCGUCUUUGGUCUGGGAGCCGUAGGACUUGCUGCUGCAGAAGGGGCCAGAAUUUCUGGGGCUUCUAGAAUUAUUGGUGUCGAUGUGAACACCAAGAGGUUUGAGGAAGCUAAGAAGUUUGGCUGUACUGAGUUUGUUAAUCCAAAAGACCACAAUAAACCAGUUCAAGAGGUGAUUGCUGAAAUGACUGAUGGAGGAGUUGACAGGAGUGUUGAAUGUACUGGAAACAUUGAUGCCAUGAUCUCUGCUUUUGAAUGUGUUCAUGAUGGUUGGGGUGUUGCUGUUCUUGUGGGUGUACCUACCAAAGAUGCUGUUUUCAAGACGCACCCUGUGAAUCUAUUGAAUGAGAGAACUCUCAAGGGCACCUUCUUUGGAAACUACAAACCACGCAGUGGUCUUCCUUCCGUUGUAGAAAAAUACAUGAAUAAGGAACUUGAGGUGGAAAAGUUUAUUACCCAUGAAGUGGCAUUCUCAGAUAUCAACAAAGCUUUUGAUUAUAUGCUAAAGGGUGAAGGCCUCCGGUGCAUCAUCCGCAUGGAAGGUUAA